AGCCAAAAGUAGCGACCUGUUUGAAGAAGCAUAUUUGCUGAGUCACCAUCGACUCCUCUCCUCCUCUGCAUCUGUGUAAGAAAAAAAAGUAAAGCAAAAGCAGCAGCUGCAGAAGCAUCAUUCACACUUUCCUCCCACAAAAACAAGAUUUCUCCCACCCAGACACCUCCCACCACUCCUUCAACCUCCAACAUUCUUAUUUUCAGCAAUUCCCAUAUCGCAAGAUUGCAUUUUUUUUAGGAUGGAAAACGUUGUUGUCUUCAAUUGCGAACUCAAAGCUUGUGGGAUAGUGUAGACUUCCCCAAGUUUCAGUCUUUUUUCAGCCCCGGUUCUCUCUUCACCUUCCUUCAUUCCCUCUCUUUCUCUCUCCGAGGAAUGGACUGCAGGAGCUUCUUAGUAGUUGAGAAUUUGGAUCCAUUGAGGAAAAGGAGCGGCGGGUUGAGAACAAAACAAGCAGGUCGUGGCUCUUGCAGAGGGAGUUAGGCUGCUGUGCUUUCACUUUUGGGGGAAUAAUCUUUUACCAUUCCUUCAAAACUGAAUCUUUGGGUAUAUUACUAUCUGUUUUUCUACAUUGAGAAUAUUCAUAUUCUGCUAAACAGCUACAAUGGGCUACUUGUUCAAAGAGGCUUUAAAGACUCUUUGUGGCGUCAACCACUGGUCCUACGCUGUCUUUUGGAAGACUGGUUCCCAAAAUCCCAAUCUUUUAAUAUGGGAAGACUGUUAUUAUGAACCCACAUCUUGUUAUGGACAUCCCUGGAUUUCCGGAAAUGGGAUUUCAAAAAUUCCUUAUCGAGAUCACAAUGCUUGUUCCGUUUCAAGUGAAACUCCGAAUUUACAACAUGGUGUACCAGGAGGGAACAGGGUACAUUUGCUUGUUAACAAGAUGAUGGCAGACAAUCAUAUUAAUGUUGUAGGAGAAGGAUUGGUUGGAAGAGUGGCAUUUACUGGAAAUCAUCAGUGGAUACUAUCUGAAAAUUAUUAUAGAGAAACCCAUCCACCAGAGGUUCUAAAAGACGUUUACCUACAACUCUCAGCUGGCAUGAAGACGGUUGCAGUCAUUCCCAUUCUUCCUCAUGGUGUAGCUCAGUUUGGUUCAUACUUGCCUAUCGCUGAGGAUAUAGGAUUCGUCAAUGGUGUGAUGUCAUUAAUUGCUGAGCUGGGAAGUGUACCUGGUGCCCUGCAAUCUGCAAACAAUGAAUCAAGCGAACUUGCUCCCAAAGUUGGAUUUCCACUAUGUUCUGGAUAUCCGGCUCCACAGGAAUCGCCUCUUGAAUCAAAUAUGAUCGAUGAAUCUUCUUUCUUUGCUCACAAUUUAAACUACAUUGGCUGCUCAGCCCAGAUUUCUGCAUCCAAUAGUCAUAUACCUUUUUGCUUCGUGGGAGAAGUUCAAAAUCAGAUGCAGUCCAGUAUUGCAGCUUUUCAAGCUUCAAACUCAAGCUUGUUUUACAAGCCGUAUGAGUGCCAUGAGGAAGGAAACAUGUCAGCCUUUUCUUUUCCGAACCAAUUUAUGAAUGGACUUGCAAAGGCUGAAGUCAUCCCUUCAAAUUCAAUUGCUCAGAUGAACCAAUAUUCUCCUAUGAACGUCACAAGGUCCACCGAAGAUUUAUCAUUCUGCAGUUCCUCUACUUUGUCCCAUGCUGCCAUACAGUGCACGGAACAAAAAAAAUUGUCAGACAAUGUAAGUGAAGGCCAUCUUGUCAAACCUGUUCUACCUGGCAUUCAGGUCUCCGAAGUAAAAACAAAUUCAGGUUUUGCCGGGAAUGAUGCAAAGCUGAACACUGAAGGUCACUGUGAUCCAGUAAAUAGGUCCAAAUAUGAUGCGUGCUUCAAAUAUCAAUCAGGGGAUGACUUGUUCGAUAUUUUGGGUGCUGAGUUUAAGGAUAGAUGGUUCGUUAGUGGCAGGAAAAGUUUUUUGAGUGAUCAAACAGCCAUAACCACACAUAACUGUGAAACAAGUAGUCCUCCAUCUAAUAAUAAUCUGGCUUAUCCCAAAAUAUAUUCUUCUAGUCAAGGAAAGUUAGAUAGUGGGGUCUUUUCUUUCCCUGGAACCGGCCAUCUCUUGGAUGCUGUGGUCUUUAAGGCCCAUCCCUGCGUGAAGCAGAGCUUGGACGACGGUAUUUCUUGUAGCACGAGUGUGAAUGAUACUAGUGUCCCAUCGGCUUCGAAAGCUUUACUUCCGUGUGGGAGGAUUGGUGUUUCUGAUAAUGUGGAUCGAGAUUUAUUGGGCAUGCCAAAAUGUACAACCAAGGCUGGCAUAAUUUGCUCUUCCUCAUUGACAGGAGCAUCUUUGAAAGAAGAUUCCGGAAUCUAUGGCCAGAGUGGUUCCGUUUAUGACCCAUGGAACGAAAGAGGUCACAAUAUAAGACAGAGUAACAGUGUCCCUACUGGAUAUUCUACAAAACCGCAUGAACCGAGCAAAACAAACCGUAAGAGGCUUAAGCCAGGUGAGAAUCCGAGACCAAGGCCCAAAGACCGUCAAAUGAUCCAGGAUCGCGUAAAGGAGCUAAGAGAAAUUGUGCCUAAUGGAGUUAAGUGUAGCAUCGAUGCACUUCUGGAACGUACUAUCAAACAUAUGCUCUUCUUGCAAAGUGUCACGAAGCAUGCAGACAAGCUCAAGCAAAAUGCAGAUUCGAAGAUUAUAAGCAAGGAUGGUGGUUUAGUUUUGAAAGAUAAUCUUGGGGGAGCAACAUGGGCAUAUGAAGUAGGAUCGCAAUCUAUGGUGUGCCCUAUUAUCGUUGAGGAUCUAAAUCAGCCCCAUCAAAUGCUUGUAGAGAUGCUCUGUGAAGAAAGAGGUUUGUUUCUGGAAAUAGCUGAUGUUAUUAGGGGAAUGGGGUUAACCAUUUUGAAGGGGCUCAUGGACACUAGGAACGAUAAGAUCUGGGCAUGCUUUGCUGUUGAGGCUAAUAGGAAUGUGACAAGGAUGGAGAUCUUUCUCUCGCUAGUUCGCCUCUUGGAGCAAAACCCAAAAAGUGGCAUUCCACAAUCCAACAACACGAUGGUUCAAGAAGCUAGCAAAGUCAUCUCUGUUCCUGCCUCUGGUGAUAUGGUUUGCUAGGAAUCAGUUAAGAGUGAGCAAAUCCGAAGCAUGCCAUGACUAACAUACAUCCUUGGAAAAUCAGUGUUGUGGUUUUGAUGGCAGCUUCGAGAGAAACCAAGGGUCGGAACCAGCUGUAACCGAGUGUUGUAGAAUUAUCUUCUGAACUGGUAAAUAGUCAUAUGUUUUCUCCUGCUUUCUGCUCUUACUCUCUCUAUACAUAUAGGAAUUUGGGUGGAAUAUAUGUGGUAGAUAAGGAAAAGAGACCAAACUUGUUUGUUGUUGUAUUAUCUUGAUGGAGGUGUUGUAAUUAGGGAAAAUGUUUCUGGUUUUUUAAUGAAUGUUGGGCUUCUUUUCUA